UCGCGAGGGGCAGGCUGCCACAGUCGGUGAGGUGGUCGCUCCGCCGGGUUCCGCUGUGCGAGGAUGUGAACACUGAACGGAGGCUGCAGGACAUUUAACCGGCGAACGCGUGACGACGGGACGCGGCGGAGAGGCUCAGUCGCGGACAAGCGGGGUCAUGAUGUGCCAGAAGUCGAUGCUCUGUAGGGAAAAUCAGAGAAAAUAAGAGGAUACGUUGUUUAGUUCAGGGGGGGAGAAUAUUGAGCUUUGUGCGCACAGAAUUACGCGCUGGAGAUCCUUUUUUUUUUUUUUUUUUUUGGAGAACUCCUGCUUUGGUUGUCUCACUGACUGGACUUUUUAAAAUAUUUAUCUAAAAAAUAAAAGAAAGACGGGUUCGAGGAUGUUUCCACUCUUUACGGAACCUGCACACAGCCCGCAAACCGACCACUGACUGACCGACCCUCUUUACGCACGGCUCAGGCUCCGUGCUCGUACAUUUUUAAAAUUUCUCUCUUUUUUUUUCUUGUGUAUGUGGACGAACUUUGCAAUACAUUUUUAAUGAUUCGGGACUUGAGCAAGAUGUACCCCCCGGCACGGCAUCCGGUCCCCCACCAGCCGGGACAGCCGUUAAAGUUCACCGUCACCGAGUCCUGCGACCGGAUCAAGGAGGAGUUCCAUUUCCUGCAAGCCCAGUAUCACAGUCUGAAACUGGAGUGUGAGAAGCUGGCCAGUGACAAAACUGAGAUGCAGAGACACUAUGUCAUGUACUACGAAAUGUCAUACGGGCUGAACAUCGAGAUGCACAAACAGGCGGAGAUCGUCAAGCGGCUGAACGCAAUCUGCGCCCAAGUCAUCCCCUUCCUCUCCCAAGAGCAUCAGCAGCAGGUGGUGCAGGCGGUGGAGAGGGCCAAGCAGGUCACCAUGGCCGAACUCAACGCCAUCAUAGGACAGCAGCAGCUCCAGGCGCAGCACCUCUCCCAUGGCCACGCCAUCCCCAUCCCGCUCACGCCACACCCAGCUGGCCUCCAGCCUCCUCUGCCACCCGGGGCCGGCACUGCCAGCCUGCUGGCUCUGUCCUCCGCCCUGAGCCACCAGCUGCCGCUCAAAGAUGAGAGGAAACACCACGAUAACAACGGCGAACAGCCGAGAGACAGAGACUCAGUCAAGAGCUCGUCCGUGUCUCCCUCGGCCAGUUUUCGGACCGGAGAGAAGCACAGGAGUUCAAGCGAUUACUCCUCCGACAGCAAGAAACAGAAGACAGAUGAUAAGGAGUCUACACGCUAUGAAAGUGACGGAGAGAAGAGCGAUGACAACCUGGUGGUGGACGUCUCCAACGAGGAUCCAGCGUCUCCUCGAGGAAGUCCCGCCCACUCACCCCGGGAGAACGGCUUGGACAAGCGUCGCCUGCUGAAGAAGGACGCUCCGCUGAGUCCUUCCUCCAUCGCCUCCUCCAGCAGCACACCUUCAUCCAAAUCCAAAGAGAUUAAUUUGAAUGAGAAGUCCACAACUCCUGUGUCAAAGUCCAGCACCCCCACAUCCCGCUCUGAUGCCCCGACACCCAGCAGCACCUCCACCCCAGGCCUCAGGACAGCACCCGGUAAACUGACAGGAGUCGAGGCACUGGCUCCCGGCCUCCGUACACCGUUGGCGGUGCCCUGCUCGUACCCCAGUCCGUUUGGAAUGGUUCCCCACCCGGGUAUAAACGGAGAGCUGAGCGGAGCGGGAGCAGCGUACACCGGCCUGCAUAACAUCUCCCCGCAGAUGAGCGCGGUGGCUGCGGCUGCGGUGGCAGCUUACGGACGCACACAAGUGGUGGGAUUUGAUCCUCACCACCACAUACGUGUCCCUGGCCUUCCUCCCAACCUGUCGGGCAUUCCUGGUGGAAAACCAGCUUACUCCUUUCAUGUGAGCGCUGAUGGACAAAUGCAGCCUGUGCCUUUUCCUCCGGAUUCACUGAUUGGUCCUGGCAUCCCGCGCCACGCACGACAGAUCAAUACUCUCAGCCACGGGGAGGUGGUGUGCGCUGUCACCAUCAGUAACCCCACGCGUCAUGUCUACACCGGCGGCAAGGGUUGCGUCAAGGUGUGGGACAUCAGUCACCCGGGUAACAAGACCCCUGUGUCCCAGUUGGACUGCCUUAACAGAGACAACUACAUCCGCUCCUGUCGGCUACUUCCAGAUGGGCGGACUCUGAUUGUGGGGGGCGAGGCGAGUACUUUGUCGAUCUGGGAUUUGGCUACACCGACUCCGCGGAUCAAGGCUGAGCUGACUUCAUCAGCACCCGCAUGUUACGCUCUGGCCAUCAGCCCCGACUCCAAGGUCUGCUUUUCCUGCUGCUCCGAUGGAAACAUAGCCGUAUGGGAUCUUCACAACCAGACUCUGGUUAGGCAGUUCCAGGGCCACACAGACGGGGCGAGCUGUAUAGACAUCUCUAAUGACGGGACCAAGCUGUGGACCGGAGGCCUGGAUAACACCGUGCGGUCCUGGGACCUGAGGGAGGGACGGCAGCUGCAGCAGCACGACUUCACUUCUCAGAUCUUCUCACUAGGAUACUGUCCAACGGGAGAGUGGCUGGCAGUGGGGAUGGAGAACAACAAUGUGGAGGUCCUACACGUCACCAAACCUGACAAGUAUCAGCUCCACCUGCAUGAGAGCUGUGUGCUCUCGCUCAGAUUCGCUCACUGUGGGAAGUGGUUUGUGAGCACAGGAAAAGACAAUCUGCUCAACGCAUGGAGAACCCCAUAUGGAGCAAGCAUAUUCCAGUCAAAGGAGUCCUCCUCAGUGCUGAGCUGCGACAUCUCCAUAGACGAUAAGUACAUCGUGACGGGCUCAGGAGAUAAGAAAGCGACUGUCUACGAGGUCAACUACUAGGAGGGCUGCGGUUGUUGACUGACAAGGCCAUCCUUCCUACUAGGCACUAUGUGAUGUCUCUGUCAUCAAUGUACAGUUCUUGAUGUGUAUAAAAUGGAUUUGAAAAGGAAGUAACCAAACAGACCGAGUCUUUCCUGGACAACAACCUUUUGACCUUUUAUUCCACCAGGAUAAAAAAAAAAAAAAAAAAAAAAAAAAAUGUGAAGAACUGAGCACAGAAGAUUUUUCUUUUUCUACUGAGUGGCUUUUUAGUUGUUGUGAGGAUGAGUGGAUGUCCUUGUGCACCGGAUGUGAGAGGAGGCUGUUGUUGCACCAGAUAAUUCCUUCAUACUUUAAGUCCUCUGAUAAACUUUUUUGGUUUAUCAAUACAUUUGUAGCUGCUUGUCAUUGUUCAAAUCAUUUGUACUUUUAGUGUACCUUAGGGCCAGAUCAUCCCUGAGAUGAAUACAAGAAUAUCCUCUCUGAAACUCUCCGGAAUUGGUACAUAAACAUAGUAAACAUAGAAACACUUGAGAGAGAGGGUCACUGUUUUAAGAUCAUGGGAGAAACACCAGCUGUGAUGAUGAGAUCUAGAAGUUUCUCUGCUAUUGUUCUUGUCAUCUUUUCAGAGUCCGCUGCCAACCAUAUUCCACAUCUCAACAUACUUGCACUACACUCUGAAGGAACACGGUGGAUACGCAGCGGUAGCCAUCACGCACAUGUUAACUAACAGUGUGUAAGAUUUGGUGGCAUGUAGUUAUGUGGUUACCAGUCACAACCAACUGAAUCCCCCUCACCUCACCCGACCCUAUAAUGGCCACUAAAAACAGCAAAACUACCCCCAAAGGGCCACCUCUAGAGCCGGUGUUUAGUUUGUCUUUUCAGGGAUACUGAUGUAAGAUUGAAGAGGACCAGCUACCUCUGUAGAUAUACAAGGCACCAUACUAAGGCAACAAAAUCAGAGGAAUAUACACCAAUGAAAACAUAUUCAAAAUCAGAGGAAUAUACAAUAAUGAAAACAUAUUCCCACACCCAAGUCUGAUAUCACAACACUGUUGAGAAAGUUCGGGCUGAAGAAAACGAGCAGCAAGUUAGUUUGGAGGUUGCUGCUUCUUCCUGUUGCAGGCGAUGACUUUGAGACAGUAACACGUGGCUUACUGACAUAGGCAGCCAUUGGGAUGCUUUUACUGCAGUCUACACCCAGUGAGUCUUCAUCCAUCCAUUGUCUGUAACCGCUUUAUCCCUUUUAUGGGGUCACGGGAGCCAAUCCCAACUGUCUCAGGGCGAGGUACACCCCUGGACAAGUCGCCAGCUCAUCGCAGGCCAACUUGCUACUGAUGUGUACCUUGCAUGGCAGCCUCUGCCAUACCUCGCCCAGCUGUCUCUAUAGAUUUUCUCAUCUUGAGCUCUGCAAGAAAGCAAACAAUAAUAUUUUCCCCAAAUCUUUGUGCAGCUUGUGUCUAUAGCUCCUGUAUGUGUUCAUUCUAUGUUUUUUUAAUUUAUUUUCUCUAACAACUCUCAUAAUUCUUAGCAAGGUGUGAGCUCAGUCUUCGUGUGUGUGUGUGUGUGUGUGUGUGUGCGUGUUUCGAUCCUGUGGGCGAUGAACAAAUAGACUAACAAGAUUGCCCUCACUGCCCUCACUACUGUGUGCCCUUUGCACUUGGAUCUGCCCCCUCAGUUCAGACUCCUCUCCAUUCAGACUCCUCUGGAUGCUCGCUGGAUUCUGUCAGACAGUUAUUCAGUUAAAAAAAAAAAAAAAAAAAACUGUUUGGUUGGUGUCUAGAGGUCAACCAGCCGUCCAUUUCCUGCCUGGAUCUUUUUUGUUUGGACCUUUGGACAAAAAAACAAGUGGUCAGCGAUAUGCUCGUGAUUUCUCUUGGAUUUACGUCUGUUGGCUUGUAGAAAUAACACAGUGCCUUUAUGCUGCUACGCUUAUGACUCCAUCUCGUCCUGCCGAGUGUUCAACUACACAGAGAUGAAACGUGGUGGACUCUGCUGUUGGAGUGUUUUUUUGUUUGUUUGUUUUGUUUUUUUUUAAAAAGAAUACCAUUCUGUACAUCUUACAACAUUUUAGGAUGGGUUUAAUUAAAAAAAAAAAAAAAAAAAAAAAAAAA